AAAACGGGCACCGGAAUCCCGAUAAAAAUACCGUUUUUUUACGGAAAAAAGAAUGCUGAAGGAACAAAUUCACAAAAAUAAAAACAAACACAACAGACAUAGAUUAGAAAAACAAAGUUUUAUUAUUAACCAUGUCUUUGGUGUCGGAUACUAAUCGUGCCAUCGAGAUAUUGGAGCAGUUCAGGGAUAGCUUGAAAGCUGAGGGAGAUUAUGAACACGAACAUGAGUUGGCCGACAUGAUUCAAAUGCUGGAUAGUCCAUUGUUUAAACAAAUUGUAAAUGUUCAGGACUCUUUACAAGAACUUGGCAACAAAAUUAACAAGACUACAAGUAAUGUAGAUCCAGAUGAUUUCGAUUUCACAGCAACUGGUGAACUGACAUGGUUUCGAGAUCCAGUCAUUGUAGAUGGACAUGGGAGAGAAAUUCAAACUAUUAAACUACAAAAACCUGCUACUGGUGGUCUAGGAUUUAGUGUUGUGGGAUUAAAAAGUGAAAAUCGAGGAGAGCUUGGUAUAUUUGUGCAAGAUUUGCAGCCAGGAGGUGUUGCUGACAGGGAUGGACGAUUGCAAGAAUCGGAUCAAAUAUUAGCUAUUAAUGGAGACAGUGUUGUGUCACACCAAGAAGCCAUAUCUUUUCUGCAACAAACGAGAGGCACAGUAGAAAUUGUCAUUGCGCGAGGAGGUGUCCCACAAAAGGAAAGACAGAGAUCACGCAAUGACUCUAUCAUAUCUACAUCUAGCAUUGCAACAGAUGUAUCAAAUUCACAGGUUGAAGGUGCAAAUUGGCGACAAGUAGAAACAGUUCAUCUUUUCAAUGAUGGUUCAGGUCUUGGCUUUGGUAUUGUUGGUGGGAAAAACUCUGGGGUAAUGGUACGAAGUAUAGUCCCUGGUGGUGUUGCAGAUCGAGAUGGUCGUCUUAAAAGUGGUGAUCACAUUUUGCAAAUUAACGAAGAAAAACUAGCUGGCAUGGGCAGCGAUCAAGUGGCGAAUAUUAUUCGAAAAUCUGGAAAUAAUGUCAAAUUAGUGAUAUCUAGAGAAAUGGUUGACAGUGAAUAUGUUUCUGUAGAGCAAAACAAAGAUGGUUUUGAGGUAGAUACAUUUGAAGUAAAACUGAAGAAAAAUGAGAAGGGCUUGGGCAUAACGAUUGCUGGAUAUGUAGGAGAUCAAGCUGCUGAAAAUCUGUCUGGAAUAUUUAUUCAAAAAAUACCAGAGGGUAGUGCUGCUGCCCAAGAUGGCCGGCUUCAGCCGAAUGAUCAGAUUAUUGAGGUUGAUGGUCAAAGUUUACAUGGAAUGAACAACAUGGAGGCUAUUGAGAUGCUUCGAAACACAGGUCAAAUAGUGUCACUAGUAAUAGCCAGAGUAAACGAACGCACACUAACUGGGUCGCCCAAUGAAAGUGGCCUGGUUAGAGGUUUGUCGCAAGAUGAUUUGAUUGUGGCGUAUUCUAACAGUGAACAUUACGAAUUACCUCUUUUGCCGGAGGUGGAAGAAGAUUUGAAAUCGAAAUAUUCAACAAUACUUGGCGAUCACUUGGAGAUUCAUGUUGCACAAUUUUCAAAAUUUGCUGGUAACGGUAGUUUAGGAAUCAGUGUCGAAGGAUCUACAGAACGCCAAGAUGACAUUUGCUUAUCCCACAGAAUACAUUCAGUACACCCAGAAGGUCCAGUGGGGCAGACUGGACGUGUCAUUCCUGGCGAUUUUUUAAUUGAAGUGAAUGGAGUUUACAUCUUAGAUCUAACCCAUCCAGAAGUUGUUCGUUUAAUUCAAAGCUUACCUACACACAUACGAUUAAUCAUAGCUCGUCACAAAGAAGGAUAUGGACCAGAAAUACCUGUCCCAGAAGAAAUUACGUAUCUCGAACUAGAGAAGCAAGAUCAAGGUCUAGGUUUUAGCAUACUAGAUUGUCAGGAUCCACGAGAACCAGAUAAAACAGUAAUUGUCAUAAAAAGUCUGGUUGCAGGAGGUGCUGCUAAACUAAAUGGUGGCAUGCAAUCAGGGGAUGAACUUGUCUCUGUCAAUGAUGUGAGAUUUGACAAUGUCACUUUAGAAAUGGCUGUACAGACACUGAAAGCAAUCCCUAAAGGUCCAGUCAUAAUAGGUGUGCGGAAGCAAAACGCAACAGCCAUUACUGCAGAGGAACCAGAUGCUAGUAUACCACCUGAUGAUAGCGAUCAUCUUGACGCCGCUUCACUCGGUGGUUUUAUUGGCUACACAACAAUCCAUGGUACUGAUGUCAGUACUACUGACGAACACAGUCCAGACGUCACGCCAGCAGUUUCAGUCGUUUCCGGCGAAAAUAACGUAUCUAAAGAUGGUACCCUAACUGUGUGUAUUUUGAAGGAUGUUGUUGGCUUAGGUAUCAGCCUAGGCAACGAUCCGGACGGCCAGGGUUGUCCAGUAAAAGGUAUCAUCGAAUCUGGCACGAUCAAAAAAGACGGCCGCAUUCAGAUCAACGAUCGCAUCGUGAGUAUUGGCGACGAGAAUUUACGCAACGGGACUAUCCAACAAGCGAGAACAGUAUUGCGCAAAGCAGCCAUGCAAGACGAAGUGUACAUCACCUACCUACCGGCAACCGUGGUUGAGCAACGAUUAAAAGAAACUGCGGCUGCGUCCCUACCUGCAGCAGGACUGAGCCUGGAAGAAGUAUCGAAACCGAAAACUUUAGAUGUCACUCCUCGCAAAGAUAGCAGUGACAUGACACAAAGCAGGCUGUCAGUAACCGCUGAACCUAGGGUGGUAGAUAUCACAAGACAUCCAGAGUUUGGGUUAGGUAUCAGCAUCGUUGGUGGUCGUCAAGAUGAAAACGAUCAAAAAAGCUUGAAUGGGAUAUUCAUUAAACAUGUUUUGGAGUCAAGCCCUGCUGGACAGAGUGGUUUGUUGAAAACUGGCGAUCAGAUAUUAGAGGUUGGAGGAGUGGAUUUAUCGAACGCAAGCCACGAGGAAGCAGUGAUAGCCAUACGCCAAGCCGUCGGCCCCGUUCGAUUUGUAGUGCGUAGUUUGCCAUUACGAGAGCUGUCGUCACCUGGCGACAUCGUGCCUCUCGCAGGCGAAGAGGACGUAUCUAACAUUAAACUAAAAGCUGCAACCCAACUAUCCGGCCCGUCGUCAGCUAUUGACAUCGCAACCAUUGAUCCGUCAGUUUUCAGUACGUUGGAACAAUACGGCGAUUUCGAUGGACACGUGUUCGAGGUAUUGCUUGCGAAGGGAGAUUCAGGAAUUGGACUAAGCAUUGCAGGUGGAAAGGGAGCUGACUCGAAUCACAUCUUUGUCAUCGGAGUCAAACCCGGAGGACCAGCCCAUAUAGAUGGACAAAUAAAGUCUGGUGAUGAAAUCUUAGAGGUCAAUAAUGUAAAAGUCCAAGGUUUAUCACAUCAAGAUGCAUCCGCCAUUCUUCGCAAGGCGGAAAAAACCGCCAAGCUAGUACUUGGCCGCCCGAAUGAUACGUCACAGUUUCGCGAAAUCUUUAAACAGCCGGUUGUCCGAAUGAAAACUGUGACGCAGGAGGACGAAAUCACGUUAAAUAAGGGUCAUGCUGGACUCGGCUUCGCGAUAGGUGAGGGGCGUAGACCUGAAGACGGCGUAACAGGAAUUUUCAUACGCAAUGUUACUGAGGGUGGAACGGCGUUCAAGGAUGGAAGACUGCGCGUUGGAGAUCAACUCCUUUCCAUCAACAAUAAUCUGUUGCUUGGAAAAUCACAAACUGAAGCUGUAAGUAUUAUUCGCUCAUCCGAGGGACAGGUCGUCCUCAAGGUCACGCGAGAAAUCGAAGUGCCACUCUCAGAGAACGAAGCAGAAGCAGAAACCUCUUCUGCGAGUAACGUGCAACGUAACACGACAGUCGAUAGCAUCCAUUCGAUAUCUCCCCCAAUUCUAUCCCCAAUUCGUGUUCUUGACCCAGUUAAUGAAUUGGAAGAGGUAUCAGUGAAGAAUCCCAUUAUAAUGGGCAACCCUACCAGCAUUCAAAUCAACAAAGGAGACAAAGGCUUAGGAAUAUCUGUAGUGGGUGGUGUGGACACGCCAAUGCUUAAUGUUUUUAUUGAUGAAGUUUACAAAGAUGGUGCAGCUUUCGACGAUGGAAGGUUAUGGUCGGGCGAUCAAAUUCUCAAGGUGAACGAUUACGAUAUGAGAGCAGCUACACACGAGAUGGCUGUGAAAGCUCUGCAAAGUGGUGGGCCUGUCGUGCGAUUGGUUCUUCUAAGAAGUGAUUUGAAUUAUCAAGACCAAGACGCAUUCGAUUAUUUUAAUGUACAACUUGAAAAACCGACGUCUGGAGGCCUGGGACUUAGUAUCGUUGGCAGGAACGACACGGGAGUAUUCAUCUCGGAUGUGGUGAAGGGAAGCGUAGCCGACUCGUGUGGUAUGCUCGCGCAUGGAGAUCAAAUUUUAGCUGUGAAUGGAGAAGACCUGAAAACUGCUUCGCAAGAGAAAGGAGCGUUAACUUUAAAGAGAGUACAAGGUUUGACAUCAUUAGAUAUAUCCCGUUUGAAGGGAGCAUCAACGCGAGGGAGAGCGAAAACAAAAGCCACUGAAGGACAAACGGAUGAGUCGAUGAUUUCUCUCGUUCCGUCUAUUAAAGGUUCAACCAAGUUAACAGGCGAACCUGGAGGCAGGCUCGUUGAAUUUUACAAAUCAACAAAAGAAACGCUUGGUUUGAGCCUCACUGCUGGUCCAGCAGGAAGCCUUUCUAUAUCCUACAUCCAACCCGGCUCGGCCGCUGGUAAAGCACCGCUAAGAAUAGGAGAUCGUGUUCUAACAGUUAAUGGAACUGCGCUCCAAGAUUUAGCUGAAGCUCAGGCGUUCCUAUCACAAUGCAAGGGGCGUGUGGUGUUGUUCAUUAACCGCCCUAUCGUUGAGGAGGGCCACCCUGCAGCUGUCUCUCCACGUUCUAAAGUAAAAUCGCCCAUACCUAAUCUUCUUUCAAAUCAAAAAAUCGUACUCUCUCAACAAUCAUCAGGCGCAGGGUCGGAUGACAGCAUUCCUUUCAAAGCUCAAGUAAAAAUUAUCCACCUGGAGCGUGGCACAGAAGGACUUGGUUUUAGUAUAGUUGGCGGAUAUGGUUCACCUCAUGGCGACUUACCUAUUUACGUAAAAACCGUGUUCGAAAAAGGAGCAGCCGCGAAAGACAAAAGACUAAAGCGAGGCGAUCAAAUAUUAGCAGUAAAUGACCAAACGCUGGAGGGUGUAUCCCAUGAUGCAGCUGUGAACAUUCUAAAGAAAAGCAAAGGUGUUAUAAAACUGACUGUUUUAUCUUCAACCUGAUGCGAACUGCUAGCGCGAAAUCGAAUGUUUAAAUUUUAAUAGAUUUUAUAUAUUUUUUUAUUUAUCUUAAAAUCCGAGAAGUUCUUUGCUUUAGCUUUCAAAUGGUGUCACACGAUUCGAUAUUUGCUUUCAGCUUUAUUGCUUUUGCAUAUAAUAAUCCUGAUAUGUCGCAACUACCUGAGGUAUUGUGGUGUAAUAUUUAAACUGUUUUGUAUAUACUGAGAAAUAAAUCUUUUGAACAUUUUUAUACAGUA